AUGGGAUAUGCCUUAAGGAGUGAGGUCACAAUGCUUGGAGAUAACGAUAUGCUAAUUGCUGUAAAGAUACAGUGGCGGUUUCUUCGAGACUUUGCCACCUUCUCUGGAUCGAUACAGCAGCUGCACUGUAGUGGAAAACUAACUUCUGCCUUGGCAGAUGAACUGUGGCGGUCUCUAGCAGGCACCUCUUGGAAUGCUAAGCUUCACUAUGAACAAGACCGUAGUGCACUUAAAAAAAGGGAAUGGGAGCGGAGGAAUCAAGAAGUCCAGCAAGAAGACGAUCUCUUUUCUUCAGGCUUUGAUCUUUUUGGGGAGCCCUACAAGACAAACAAAGGGGAUGCACUUGCCAACCGAGUCCAGAACACGCUGGGAAACUAUGAUGAAAUGAAGGAUUUGCUAACUAACCAUUCUAAUCAGAAUCAUCUAGUGGGGAUCCCAAAGAAUUCCGUGCCCCAGACUCCCAUCAACAAAAACGAACCGAGCUUUUUCCCAGAACAAAAGAACCGAAUGCUCCCACCUCACCAGGAUAGCACUCACCCCUCGGCACCAAUGCCUCCACCUUCCGUCGUGAUACUGAAUUCCACUCUCAUACACAGCAACAGGAAAUCAAAAGCUGACUGGCCACGCGAUAGUCAUAACGCUAGUGUUGUCCCAGCCAGCCAGGCCAGUGGUCAGCCAAACAAGCUGCCGCCAUCUACACAGGACCAGCCCCCAGCCCGACUGGAAGACUUCUUUGUCUACCCAGCUGAACAGCCCCAGGUUGGAGCCGUUGAAGAGUCAGACGCUUCUGCAAAAGAAGACAGUAGUCUCAAGUCCAGUGCAGGGGAUACGUUCAAGGAAAUCUUUCAGUCCAUCUCACCAGAAGAAUCUGAAUUUACAGUGCAAGCUCCUGGGUCUCCCCUAGUUGCCUCCUCUUUGUUAGCUCCCAGCAGUGGCCUUUCGGUUCAGAACUUUCCACCAGGGCUUUACUGCAAAACAAACAUGGGGCAGCAAAAGCCAACUGCGUAUGUCAGACCCAUGGAUGGCCAGGACCAGGCACUGGAUGUCCCUCCGACACUGAAACCUUCCAUUGAAUUUGAGAACAGCUUUGGGAAUCUGUCAUUUGGAUCACUCUUGGAUGGAAAACCCAGUGCAGCCAGUUCAAAGCCUAAACUGCCAAAGUUCACGAUUCUCCAAACAAGUGAAGUAAGCCUUCCCAGUGAUCCAAGCUGUGUUGAAGAAAUCUUGCGGGAGAUGACCCAUUCCUGGCCUGCUCCUCUCACUGCCAUGCAUACUUCCGGGAACUCUGAGAAGAACACACUUUCCAUCCCAGGACAGGAAUCCCAACACCUGACCCCAGGAUUCACCUUACAAAAGUGGAGCGACCCGACCAGCAGAGCUUCUACGAAGUUAGUAUCGCUGGAGUUGUGA